AUGGAUACUUUCAAGACAGAGACUAAUUUUGUCAGUAGUUUCUGGGAUGAAAAGGAUUUGGGUUUCCAAACAGUUAGUAAAAGAAUCAAGAAUGCUUUAAUAACUCAGCAAGAAUUAUUGAAUUAUUAUAGUGAAAGAAUUCUUAUUGAGAAAGAAUAUAGUAAAAAGUUAGAGAAACUCAACAGUACACCUUUGGGAAGCUUUGAAACCGGGGUGUUGAAGAAAUCUUUAGAUAAAUUGAAUUUUGAAAAUGGGGAAAUGGUCAAAUCCAAUAAUAAGUUUGUCAGAUCCAUCAAUCAGAUAAACUAUGAUAAGUUGAAUAACUUCUAUCAGAUUUAUAGCAAAAGAACCAAGAAGGUGAUGUCCCACAUGAGUAAGAUUGUUGAAAAGAAGACUGACAUAUCCAAAGACUUGAAAAUAACAAAAGAAACUUAUAGAGAUAAUUGUGCAUCCAUUAAAUCACUCGGGUUAACUAUUCAAACUACUUGGGGUAAAGAAUUAGAAAAGCACGAGAAGAAACUUGCUAAGUUACAACAAAACUUGGGUAAUAGUGAAAAGAAUUAUCGUCUUUCGUUGGACAAUUACAGUAAAAUCAAUGAAAUUUUCAAAAGAGAUUGGUUGAUAAGUUUGAAAGAAAUUUACCAAUUGGAAAUUGAAAGAUUACAAACCAUCAAGAUCAAUUGUUUCAAUUACUGUAACAAUGUUGCUACUUUAUGUGUUGAUAAUGAUCAAUCAGUUGAUUUGGCAAGAAGUUUCUUUGCCAAAAUAUCACCACCCCAAGAUUUACAAGAUUUCUCCAAUAAUUAUGGUACCGGUAAUAAAAUCUUGAAUGAAUAUAAGUUUGUGGAUUUCAUGAAAGGUUUAGAUGAUGAAAAUGAUGUUAAAUUUGAAACUGCUGACUUUGAAACUCCAGAGUUCAAUCAUUUAUUGGCUAGAUCUUAUAGUACUUAUAGUCACACCAGUCAAGCAGUAUCCAAACCACCACAAUCACCAACUCAAGAGUCUAUUGCAUUCAACCAACCUUCACAAAUGUCAUCCCCAUCAAGGAAAUCACCUUCACAACCAAGAAAAGUAGAAUCAAUGCUUACGAGAUCUCCUUUAACAAAAUCACUUCAAUCCAAUCAAUCUGAUGGUUCAGAUAUUAAGAUCAUGAACAAACAAUUACCACCUAUCGAUUUACCUAAACCUGAAGAUACAAAAUCAUCUUACAGUUAUAAUAAUCAAAGUCCUGAUGAAAAGACUGAUAUCUUCUCCCUUAAAUCCAAAUUUAAUAAUAGUAAUUCAUCAUCGAACUAUUCAAAUCCAACCAACUAUUCUUCUAACAGUGAAAAGAAUUGGUCAAGUCCAAGAAGAAAAGAGAAAUUGAACGAAUUCCAAGAAAAGAUCAAUUUGAAAUCAAAGGAACUUCCAAAUUUACAACCCAAUUCAAUGUCAGCAUCAGCUACCCCAAGUAAAAUGCCAGCUAUUAAAGAUUUCUCCAUUGAUUUCAUUGCCAAAGCUUUGGAAGAUUUAAAUAAAGGAGGUAAUGGAGAUAUUGAUCAAUAUAGAAGAUCUGUCAGAAGACUGAAAGAAGAUGAUCAAUAUAGAUCCAAAACAACUUCCAAUACCCCUUUAAGAUAUAAUGACAGUAAUGAAAUACCUACAAGAUAUGACACAAUAAACUUCAAAUCGCCUAAAACUACCCUUGAAGGAUCACCAAUUAGGCAAUCACGUCCAAAAUCUAUGUAUGAAUCUUUCCAAAUGCCUAUAGAUAAUGAAAAGCCAAGAAGAACUUUACUGAAAGCUCCUUCUAAAUCUUAUACUGAUUUAUACUCGGUUGUUAACAGAAUCACUCCGGUGACGAAAAAGCCUUAUUUGAGCAAAGCCAUUGCGAGAUAUAGUUAUAAAUCACAACAUCAAGGAGAAUUAUCUUUUAAGAAGAAUUGGCAGAUAUAUAUAAUUCAUAAGCAAGAGGAUAGUUGGUAUUUGUGUGAAUUGGGAGGUAAUUGUGAAGAACAAGCUGGUAAUGUUGGUUUGGUUCCUGGCAAUUAUGUUAUUGAAGGGGAUAAUCUUUUUUGA